AUGGCCUCUGCCCAUAGCCAUUACCAUCGAUCAACGUCGUACGAGACGUGGGACAACGAUCGCGGUGAGGACCCUUCGCCGCUGAAGCCCCAGGCAUACCCUCAGGCACGCAGUCGCAGCGCUCGACCUCCACCUCCGAGAACACCCUCCAGAGUUCGUCCUCAUCGUGCGAGAUCACCUUCCAGGCUCCGCAAGCCAUACACAUCCAACUGUGCCAGACAAAGAUGGCCACCGUCCCCAAGGGUAGAGGAUGAAUCUGCAUCGUUGAAAAAGGAGUUAUCAAAAGAAGGCAAGCCAAUACCAGUCGGCGUUGAGGAUGACGGAGUCCAAAUGCGGGGAACCCCGGACCAACAACCAAUAGUCAAGGAUGCCGAUGAUGAUACAGAGAGCUUGGCUUCCACCUCUUCCUCAGAGGGUUCUGGCCCUGCAACACCACUAAGCCCGGUCAAUGACAGUCAGGAUAGUCACUGCAUCCGGAAAUCAGAGGAUGUUGAUCAGAUCCCACUGACCUAUGGCGGGCCAAGGAACCCUUCAACGACAUCCCAAAGACAUGCACCCGUGCCUCAGCGGAACGAGAGAGGAAGGAGGGAUGUUCCCAAACUGGACACAGACUUCGCACGGGACAAGUCAAGAGGCGAUGCUCCACCCCCUUUGGAGCGUGCGAGGUCACCUUAUGCAUCUGGACCGCGACCGUCAAGGCCACAGGAAGACCGCUUUUCCGCUGAACACAUGCUCUCUCCCGAAAUCAUGAGUCCUAGAGUAAAGUACGCGGAGAACCAAAGAUCUCAUUCAUAUUACGAUCCAAGGAUUGCAAAGGAUGACAGUUCUAGAGACUUAGACCAAAUCAAACAUGACCCUAAGAAAUCCGGCCGCCCUGCAUUGGCUUCAUCAGGCAGGCAUGCAUCAGCCUAUGAUACUGGAAGCGCGACAUAUGAAAGCACCAGGGAAAGGUACAAAGAUAGAGAGAGAGACCACAGGAACGAUAGCUAUCAUCAUCCUACACGCCCGCCAUUGGCUCCGUUGGGCAGACAUGCAUCAGCGGCACCAGCAUAUCCAGGAGCGCCUUUCUCUUCCAGGACGGUACCGCUGCAGCCUGGGUAUCGUCAUGGAUCCUCUGACGAAUCCGACGCCAGCCGCGGCUCUGGCAGACACCAUGAAGGACCUAACACGCUUUCGGCACAGGACUCGCCCAAGUCUUCGACUCCACACUUCAACGAUUGCCCUCAACAGCGACAUAGCUCUAGGCAGCCUACACCAACCCCGCCUGAAUCAGCCGCAGAACACAAAGGACCUGCCACUAAUCGCGCAUCGCUUCUGAGUGGGGACUUCCUUCUGGGCAUAAACGCCCGGCUCGAGCACGACAUAGCUGGUGCACGAAAAGCUUCGCCUCGGCCUUCUCCACACCCUUCCCCAAUGGCUUCACCCAGAGGUUCCCCCACAACGUCGCCUUACUCCUCUCCUCCUAGAACGCCACCAAAUGAGGUCCACCAUCGCCGAACGCACACCAUUACUGGCCUGAAAAACGAGAUACAAAGAUCAAGGCCGCCCUCGCCCUUGUCGAACAAUUCAACGCCAAGGACUCCUAGGACUCCAGGUACAGGAGUCCAUCCGGUUGAAGCAGAUAUGACUGAAAGGCCCCGACGCACUACCCCAAGAUCACGGAUGACGACGCCUUUACCUUCUCCGACCAAUAUGGUGGAGCCAGAACCUAUCCUUGGGCCCGGGAUAAGCAUUCGAUCACCAUCCCCAGCGGUGCGUGCUGAUUACCGCUCCAAUGGAAUCCAUGAAGCGCGGUAUGCAGCGAGUAGGCACGCAUCUAUUGCACCCACAGCACCGGCUCCAGCUCCAGCUCCAGCUCCAGCUCCAGCCCCAGCCCCAGCCCCGGCCUUGGCUCCGUCUUCGACGUUGAGACCCGGAUUUUCAGGACGUCAGCGAUCGGCCUCGUACACCGACGUUCGCCCGCAGUUAACAGUAAGCACGCCAUCAUACUUGCAGCCAGCUGAGUCAACACGCUCUCCCGGAACACGAUCGAGACCUUCGUCUCCAAGCAUUUCGUCGCCCAGCGAUAGGUACAAGCCAGCGAAGUUCGAACAAUCGUCUCUCGGCGCGAGAUCGAACACGCAUGUCCCAAGCUCCCAACCUGAUCAGAUUCCCCAACGUCCGCAACGAUCGAGAGCGAACUCUUAUGUACCAGAGGUUUAUGCUGCAGCGGCAAGCUCGAGGCCAUCAGUUCUAGCUUCAGCUUCUAGUGCGUCCAAUAGCGGAUCAAGGUCGUCAGCACCAUUUCCUUCAACCGUUGUAGCACAGCCACAACAGCCAGUCAUACUACCUCUGUGCCCAAGGCCGCAACCUGUUGCUGGCUACAAGGACUGGUACACUCUCCACGGAUGCCAUCGCUUUGCGAUCUGCCCGGACUGUCUUCAUAAUGUCUUUGGUGCUCGGUACAGUCAUCAUCUGAUGCCGCGAGCUCCAGAACCACAUGGCGAAAAGACAAUCUGUGACCUCAACGACCCCUGGAUCCGCCUAGCGACUCAAAUGACCAUGAACGAAAACCGUCCAAAUCUAGAGCUCCUUACGGCCCUGGCUAAAACGACCGCAAAGCAGCGGCCGUGCAUGGAAGACAGACCAAUUGCUCGCCACCAUUGGUACCGGCUCGAAGACGAUCAAACCAGUAAACAUAUUCCGGACUUCAACGUCUGCCAGCACUGCGUCUACAGCCUUGAGAGUAUCUUCCCCGUCCUCGAAGAAGUCUUCUACGUAUCUAGGGGCCACCACGGUGAAGCCAAAGAACGAGUCUGCUCUCUGCGAUCUGACGGCCACAACUUUGUUCAAUACAUCGAUGUACUCGACCAAGUAGCCGCUGAAGCACGAAGAUCCCACAAAGAGCCCAACACCGCUCCACUCGCACGACUGGUCAAAAAGCUCACACACGAGCCCGAAUCUCCCAAAACGCGAACGCCACCUAAAUCCUCGAGUAACCAAAUCGUUCCCAAAUGUCCCCGCGACCAAAUGCUCCGCAAUCUCCCCUGGCACAUCCACCCGCACAUCCCGGAAUUCACAAUCUGCCCCUCUUGCUACACUGACGUUGUCCUCCCCGCCGUGACCGACGGCUCCUCCAUUGCCCGCGCCAUCGACCAGUCGCCACACAAAGUCGAUCAAGGAGCCAGCUGCCACCUCUAUUCAUCCCGCAUGCGAACUGUUUUCAAUGAAGCGUGCGAGGAUGACGAUUUCGAGCAUUUGCGACAUACGGCGCAUAAGCGGCAUUUGUUGCAGCAAGAUUUGCUGGAUGUGUUUGAGGAGGGGAGGAGGCAUCCGGAUGAUGAGGAGGUAAAGGAGAGGGGGAAGGCGUUGUACGAGGACUGGACGCGGAAGGAAUGA